AUGUUGGCCUUGCGGGCUCUGAACCGCCUGCUGGCGCAGCAUAUCAGGCGGCCGGUCGUUGGAUGCCCAUGGCAGCUGUCCCCCGGUUGUGCUUCCUCCCAGGCGUGUUUGAACAACGGCGCAGCCUCAGGGAGCCGUGCCGUUGUUGUUGAGGCUUCCCGAGGCAGCCGUGCCAGGAGGUUGAAAUGCGACAAUGGGGUGGGCGAAGGAUGGGAGUCUGUUGACUACCACUCUGAGAGCGGGGGAGAUGCUUAUGAUGAUGGAUAUGAGGAAGACCCGAAUGACCCACAUCGGGCAGAGCUGCUGAAUGCAGUGGUGAAGGUGUAUUGCAAGCACACAGAGCCAAACUUUUCACUGCCUUGGCAAAAGAAGCGUCAGUUUUCAUCAACGAGCAGUGGCUUCAUGGUGUCAGAUGGCCCAGAAAAACGGCCCUGGGUUCUCACUAAUGCCCACUCUGUUGCAUACCAUUCACAGGUUCAAGUGAAGCGAAGGGACACAGAGAAAAAAUUUAUUGCCCGCGUGCUUGCAGUUGGGACAGACUGUGACGUGGCACUCUUGAUGGUAGAUGACAAAGAGUUUUGGAAGGGUGUGGAGCCAUUGCCAUUGGGAAGCCUCCCCAAGCUACAGGACUAUGUCACGGUGGUUGGUUAUCCAGUUGGUGGGGAUUCACUGUCUGUGACUGCAGGAGUGGUGUCACGGAUAGAGGUGACCCAUUUCUGCCAUGGCAGCUGCGAUUUGCUGGGCGUGCAGAUUGAUGCGGCCAUAAACAGCGGAAACUCUGGCGGACCAGUAUUUAGCGAAGCUGGGUAUUGUGUCGGGAUUGCCUUCCAGUCAUAUGCCGGCAGCGAUGCUGAGAACAUUGGGUAUGUCAUUCCCACUCCAGUGAUAAGGCAUUUUCUGCAGGACUAUUCCCGGAAUAAAAAGGUCACAGGUUUCCCCGCCCUGGGGAUAACUUACCAGCGUCUUGACGCCAAGGAUAUCAGAGAGUCGUGUGGUCUGAAGGAGGGACAGAGUGGGGUGAUGGUCAGGAGUGUGAACCCCACUUCGAAUUCUUUUGGGGUUUUGGAGGUUGGUGAUGUGCUCAUGGAGUUCGAUGGCGUCAAGAUAGCCUGUGAUGGAACUGUGCCCUUCAGGACAUCGGAGAGGAUAAUGUUCACAUUCCUUGUGGCAAACAAGUUUGUAGGGAACAUGGCAGACCUUCUAGUGUUGCGUGAUGGGACCCCCACAAGGCUACAAUUCGAGUUGGGCAGACCACAGGCUCUGGUCCCCUCCCAUCUGAACGGUAAAAAUCCAUCCUACUUCGUUGUGGCAGGGUGUGUUUUCACAUCCCUGAGCGAACCAUACUUGGCCAACGAAUUUGGGAUGGACUAUGCAACAGAAUCGCCAGUCAAGCUGCUUGAAAAGGUGUAUUUUGGGAUUCCCAAAAAGAAAGGACAUCAAGUGGUGUUGCUGUCGCAAGUGCUGGCAAAUGAGGCAACAGUGGGAUAUGAAGACAUGGAGAAUGUACCAGUCGUCGCGUUCAACGGCACUCCUGUGGAGAACCUGUGCCACCUCUCGGAAAUGGUGGUGAACUGCAAGGAGAAGUACAUGACCUUUGACCUGGAGUACCACCAGGUUAUCGUCCUUGCAACAGAGGCUGCCAAGGCUGCAACGGAUGUGGUCCUGGAGGAGUACAGCAUACCCAACAUGGCUUCUCCAGACGUCAGGGAGCAUCUGGAGAAAGAGAAAGCAGGGUCAGGAAAGAGAAAACUCAGUGAGAGGCCCUCAGGGGCCAUUCGAUUGUGA